GGGUACACCAUCAUGGAGCCCGCUAGCGUGCGUAAUUCAGGCGACAACCUAACUCUCGGGCACAUUAGUGACAUGUAUCGCAAGUUUGGAGAGGUACAGGGCAUCUUCGACGAGAAUCACUACAGGAUCUUGACAGAUGCCCUGUCUCGCGUCAAGAGGCGGUCCGAGCCGCUAUACGACCGACUUUCGAACGUCUACCUCAUGGCCGAGAGCGUUCGCAACAUGGAGAUGACCCGUGGGCAGCUGCGGACGGUACUUGAUCGGCAUUUGGCGACCUUCGCGACCGAGGACGAUGACGACGAAGAGGAAGAGGAAGAGGAAGAGGAAGAAGAGGAAGAAGAGGAGGAAGAAGAGGAGGAACGGGAGGCAGAGGAAGAGGGCGAAGAGGAAGAGGAGGAGGGCGGAGAGCUUUCCGACGAGGACGCGGAGACCGUGAUCGAUGAGAAUGUGAUUGGCCGGAAGGGGAACCGUGAUACAGAGGUCAAGGCUCGGGCUCGGAGUCUCAUGCACGAUCACGACCCCUUGUCCAAAAUGCGAUGGCCAAAAUCGGCCGACUUUACCGUACCUCACGGGUAUUGCGACAAGAUGUACUGGGGGUUAACUUUUAGAAACACCGUCCGGGGUGACAUCCGUGCGGCUGUCCAGAGGAAACCGCCGACGGUUACAGCUGAGUGCCCUUACGAGUUAAGAAAAUGGUUCGCGAGACAACUCGAUAAUUACGUCCAGCUGAAGAAGGUCCUCGUCGACGGGAGAGGCAGGGUCUUCCGGGCCCCCGACAAAGACGUCAAGCGUGCCCUCGCCACCAUCGAUGGCAUGCCCAAAAACAUGUCGGUGUCCGAGUACAUUUUGUCUGUCACGGAGAUGUUCCGGGUUCGUGGUUAACUUCUCUUUGGUUCUCAUUCCUGUGCCGCUAUAUUAUUUUUCAACAUUAGGGCGUGUCUAGAGCCAGAGGGGCCGAGCUGGAGGAGUUGGUCUCUCGGUACACUGUCAGUGUUUUUUAGCGACGCGUAGCUGGUCGAAAAGGAGCGCGCAAAGGAUCAGAGCGGGGUGGCUAGAGGAGGAAGACGACGGCAUAAUCCUAUUCAGGGACACGGU